AUGGCGACCAUAACCCAAGUUCAGACACAGAAGACACAGACGGUCUUGCCGAAGAGCCUUACGGCAGUACCAGGCCAGAUCACAGUCAAGGAAAUCUCGAAUGUCGACCUGCUAGAUAUACCCCUUCCACCGCCAUCCACGAACCCGACUGAGAUCCUCGCUCAAGACAAGGGCACACCAGACAAUCAUGUGCCUCGAGACCCUCGGCUCAUCAGAUUAACGGGUGUCCACCCAUUCAAUGUCGAACCUCCACUGACAGCCCUGUUCAAUGAAGGUUUCUUGACAUCACCGGAACUCUUCUACGUUAGGAACCAUGGACCUGUCCCUUUGGUGCGCGACGAGGAUAUUCCAAACUGGGAGAUCAGCAUCGAAGGGCUGGUUGAGCGGCCGGUCGUCUUGAACUUUCGUCAGAUUUUGCAAAAAUUCAAUCAGAUCACUGCCCCAAUUACACUCGUAUGCGCUGGAAACAGGCGCAAGGAGCAAAACACAGUGCGGAAAUCAAAGGGUUUCUCCUGGGGACCAGCUGGUCUGUCAACUGCCCUUUUUACUGGCCCCUUGAUGGCGGAUGUCUUGCGGUAUGCGAAGCCACUGCGCCAGGCCAAGUACGUCUGCAUGGAGGGAGCAGAUAAGCUGCCUAAUGGCUACUAUGGCACAUCAGUCAAGCUCAACUGGGCCAUGGAUCCCAACAAAUUGAUCAUGCUUGCGCAUAAGAUGAAUGGCGAGCCUCUUCGUCCCGAUCACGGUCGUCCCUUGAGAGCUGUUGUACCUGGUCAAAUCGGCGGUCGAAGCGUGAAGUGGAUUAAGAAACUGAUCUUGACUGAUGUACCCAGUGACAACUGGUACCACAUCUAUGACAACCGAGUAUUGCCGUAA